AUGGAAAACUCCAGUGAGAUUGUGUCAUUUGUGCUGUCUGCUUAUGGAAAUGUUGGGGAUUUAAAAUACCUGUAUUUAACCAUAAUAUUGUUUUGGUAUGUCUCUAUAUGUGUGGCCAACAUAGUUCUUAUUGUGGUCAUACAUGUGGACAGAAGGCUGCAUGAGCCAAUGUAUAUACUGCUCAGCAAUUUAUGUGUGAAUGAAAUAAAUGCCAGCACAUCACUGUAUCCUCUUUUGCUCUCACAGAUGUAUUCAGACAGUCAUGAAGUGACCCUGCCGUGGUGUUAUCUGCAGAUGUGUUGUUUGUACACAAGUGCACCUGCUGAGUUUUGGAGUUUAGCAGCCAUGGCCUAUGACAGAUAUAUUUCAAUCUGUCAUCCAUUACGUUAUAAUGUCAUUAUGAACACAGAGAGAGUGCUUAAGAUCAUUCUGCUUGUGUGGGUUUUUUCAUUUCUUAUUUUUAUACUCUCAUUUUCUUUCAUCUUCAGUUUGCAGUUUUGUGGAAAUAUUGUUGACAAUGUGUAUUGUGAGCACCAAUUAAUAAUUAGACUUUCAUGCUCAGUUUCAGUCCAAAGCUCUAUAUCUAUCAUAUUCUUUGUCAUAAUGAGUAUUUUCAUACCAUUCAGUCUAAUUUCAGUCUCUUAUGUGAAAAUUUUGACAGUCUGUCGAAAAACAUCCACAGAAAACAAGCAGAAAGCCAUGACGACAUGCACCCCUCAGAUCGUCUCUGUGUCCAACCUGUUUGUUGGCUGUAUUUUUCACUCUAUUAACUUCAGGCUUUUAAUAAGUCAGGUACCAGAUGAAGUCAAUAUCAUUUUACCUAUGUAUAUGCUCAUUUGUCAACCAAUGCUCACCCCUUUUAUGUAUGGAUUUAAUUUGCCAAAGAUAAGGCAAUCGUGUAAAAGGUUUCUGUUUAAGAGAAAGUAA